CUGAGACUCCCAAUUAGCUUGUUUUCCAGGAGCAGGACAUGGCUCCUACCCUCGGUCAUUUGAGCCCAUCCUUGUUGUAGGAGUGUGUGCCUUCAUAGGCUAAAGAUUGAAAGGUUGGAGAAUGCCACUGAACCGUGUCGAAGAGUGAUGUAGGAGUGGGAGCUCAUCGGGAAGAAAAUAUUCAGGCAGCAUAUAGAGAAAUAGAGGCACAACUACCAGGACCAUUUUGUUCGCAGUCUCUCUCCUUGGGUAGCUGAAUGCCCCUGAAGGCUUGGAAGGUCUUGCUAGUUAUUAUGGACCUAAAUAAGGCAAGACCAGUGGAGGAAAAGAGUUGGCCUUGGCUUUCUGACAAACCUGGUCCUGAUGAUUCAUGGCCUACAUCAGCUAGCCAAGACUUAGAUUUCGGUACCAAGGAAGGAACAGCAAAGUCAGCAACGGAAGCAAAGGAAGAUGGUGUUGGUAUUAUUGAAAAUGUGCCACCAGAGCAAACAGUUAAUGGCAGUUUGACUUCUGCUGGUGGAGUGCAUAAAAAUGACAGAAGUGAUAUCAUGUCAGCAUUAGAAUUAGGAGAAGAGGAAGAUGUAGAAUCACCUUCUCUUCCUGAGUAUCAAGUUCCAUUAAAGGUUGAAGAAAAAAAGAAGCACAGAGGAAGUGACAUAGAAGUAUCAGAAAACAUACAUGAUGCUGCGGCUGCUGGAUUAAUUCCACAAAGACAGAAUGGAAAAACUGAUAACCAUCAAUUGCCUAUUACAGAAAAUAAAGAUUCUGAUAGGAGGGAACCUGGUUUACAUGUGAAGAAGUUAAAGAAAGGUGAAAAUGAAAAAGGGACAUCAAAAGGAUCUGUGAUCACACCAGUGUUGCAGAAGGCAGAUUCCCUAACUGGUGGUCCACUACAAAAGAAUGAUGGCAGCCAUUUCAGUGAAAAGGAUCAGCAUGAAAGCAGACCUGCAAAGAAAAUUUCUAAGAAAAAGAACAAGGUCAAAAAGCAAAUUACUUCUAUGGAUGAUCUUGUCGACUUCAUUCAGUCAUCUGAAGCAGCUUCAGAGCAUUGUGAGUUGCCUUACUCUAAGAAUUUCAUGUUGCUGAUUGAACAACUUGGCAUGGAUUGUAAAGAUUAUGCUGGCUUCUUGAAAAUCCAAGAUAUACGUGUUUCCUAUGAGAAAUUAAGGAAACUUAACAAAAAUCACUGUAAACUUCUUAUGGGAAAAAUGACAAAAAUGGAAAAAAUGGUUAGUGCACUACAAAACGAGCUACAAGAAACCAAAGACAUGAUAUCACGGUUAGAGCAUCAAAAAGUUGAAUGGGAACGUGAAUUCUGCAGUUUGAGAUGUACCUUAAAACAAGAAGAAGAAGAAGAAGAAGAAGAAGAAGAAGAAGAAGAAGAAGAAGAAAGAAGAAAUGCUGAUAUGUUAUAUGAAAAUAUUAGGGAAAAGUUAAGAAGAAAAGAAGACGAAUAUAAGAAAGAAGUUGAAACAAAACAACAAGUUGAACUCGCUCUUAGAACGCUAAACAUGGAAUUGAAGGCCACCAAAAAUCAGGUUGUAGAAGAGCGCAGUGACACUCAGUGGCAACUUUCUCCAGAUCAGAAGGCCAGAGUCUUACAAGAUGGAAGUCUAAACAAUCACCUUUACAAGCAAAAGGAGCUAGAAAUGGCUCAUAAGAAAACUAGUUCUAAGGUAGUUGUGAGACAACUUCAACAAGAACUGGCUGAUACUCUGAAGAAACAGUCUAUGUCACAUCUUCAUCUGGAAGAUGAAACACGGAAUCUCAAGAAGAAAUUAGGUCAAAUCAGAAGUCAGGCUGAUGUCCUUACAACAGAACUGGAAACUACAUCUUCAAAAUGUCUACACCUGGAUGCAAAAAAUCAAGUUCUUCAACAAGAGUUAUUAUCAAUGAAAUCUUUCGAAGAAGAACGUGAAAAACUAGAGAGCAAUAACAAGAAGUUACAGCAAGAAGUAGUAAAAUUGAAACAAUUUAUGGAAAUAAAUAUGGUAGAACGCAGUCAAGUGGAACAGUAUAAACGGGAGAUUGAAGAAAGAGCACGACUGGACAUAGAAGAAAAAUUACACGAAGUCAACCUGUUUUUACAGGCACAAGCAGCAGCUCAAGAAGACUUGGACCAGUUAAGAGAAAAUGCUCAUGCUUCAACGAGAAGUCAAAUGGAACUUAGAAUUAGAGAUCUGGAAUCUCAGGUCUCUACAAUGAAGACUUCUCAAGAAGAUUCGACUAAAACAGAGUUGGAAACCUACAGGCAACUCUACCUAGAAGAAUUAAAAGUUAGAAAGUCCUUGAGAAAUAAGCUGAACACGUAAGUCAAAACAGAAUCAUA